GGGCCGCCAGUCCGCCAUGAACUGCCUGACGGUGCCCGGUGUGCACCCCGGCUCCCCCACCCGGCCCCGCGGGCAGAUACAGGUGAUCUUCGGGCCCAUGUUCUCCGGGAAGAGCACGGAGCUCAUGCGGCGAGUGCGACGGUUCCAGCUCGCCCAGUACCGGUGCCUGCUGGUGAAGUACGCCAAGGACACGCGGUACAGCUCCUCCGGGGUCUCCACACACGACCGGAGCACCAUGGAGGCCCUGCCCGCUCAGCUCCUCCACGACGUGUACAAGGAGGCGCUGGGUGCCGCCGUCAUCGGCAUCGAUGAGGGCCAGUUCUUCCCAGACAUCGUGGAGUUCUGCGAGACAAUGGCCAACACUGGGAAAACCGUCAUUGUUGCUGCUCUGGAUGGGACUUUCCAGAGAAAGGCCUUUGGGAGCAUCCUGAACCUGGUGCCGCUGGCGGAGAGCGUGGUGAAGCUGAACGCUGUGUGCAUGGAGUGCUUCCGGGAGGCCUCCUACACCAAGCGGCUGGGAGCAGAGCGGGAGGUUGAAGUGAUUGGAGGAGCUGACAAGUACCAGUCUGUGUGCCGAGCCUGCUACUUCCUCAUGCGACCGCAGCCAGAGAACAAGGAGAACGUGCCCCUGGGCCUGAGGCAGCUGGAGACAGCUGUGCCUCGCAAGAUCUUCACUUGACUGCUGGAGAAUGGAGGGGAAGGGAGCUCAGGGCUCAGCUCACGGGCACUGGGUCUGCCUCUCUCUACGUUAGCAAACUGCUCAGUGCCUCAGCCCUCCCCACCCAACCCCACACCAAGCGCCGCAACUGAGGACACACCAAGCCUGAUGCAGGUGGAAGGUGAAGCAAAAGCCUGGCUAGAGUGAGUUCCCAUCUCAGGACAAGGAGAGAGGCAAGCAGUUACUGAUGCUGCCACACGCAGCCCCUGGGGCACUGCACGUGGAGCUGCUCACUGGCUCUGGCCAGCUGUCCCAGCGGUCUAAGUGUGCUCAGGCUGGCACUGCUGCUGCUUCUGGUGCUUGUGAACGCAGCCCUUCUCUCUCCUGCACUGUUGCUAAAUUCCAGGUUUCUCAAGACAAUGUA